GAAGCAGUCAUUCUCGUUGAGCUAUUCUUCCAGAAUAUGUUCCCUCUGUCGCCCAUUCUAACCGACUUCUACAAUAUACCCGAAAACCACUACUGGCUUGUGACUCAGGAACCCAUGCUUUGCUGCACUAUAUUAAUGAUCUCGUCAAGAUACCAUGUUCUACCUGGAUUCGGUGGUACCUCCCGAGCAUACUCCAUUCACAAUCGACUAUGGCAGCACUACCAGCAUCUCCUCCUCCGCAUCAUGCUAGGUCAGGAGAAGCUCUCAAAGGCAAAGACAAGACAUGUUGGUUCGAUCGAAGCACUUCUCCUCAUGUGUGAAUGGUAUCCACGGGCACUCAACUUUCCCUUGGAGAAUGAUGGAUGGGACUCAGAUCUGAUUCUUACAGAGCCAGACCUCAGAGAUCCUCCGGCGUCAGCGGAAGAGAUACCCAUGUCUGAUCGCUGGAAGGAAGAUGUCGUUGAACCUACUAGACGGUCUGACCGGAUGUCGUGGAUGCUAGUGAGCACUGCGCUGGCAUUGGCUCAUGAGCUAGGUAUUUUUAGGAGUGACAGUGGGAAGAGGAAAGAUGAGUAUGAUGUGACUGGUAUGCGGUCGGACGCAGGCACCUAUCUGCAACAAUUAGAGUGGAGACGUCGUCGUCUUCCUUCUCUAUUGUAUGUGUUUGCAGGUAUGCUUGCCUCCCGGUUGGGGUGCACGCCUCUUGUCCCGGAGAUACCAGUAGUCGACGUGUCUGAGGGUAUCACGGAUUGUUCAUGUGUGGACGAUGAAUGGAUGCAUUUCAUGGCAUCAUGGGUUGAUUUAACCCGGUUGGGUAAAGAUAUCACAGACACACAUUUCCCAUCAAUGCCCAGGACCGGUGAUCCGAUGACGGACUGCAGGUCCUCACAAAAUUGGGAACGUAUGCUCUACCGCUGGCAGGUCAGCCGGCCAACAUUGAACUCUCAUCUGGAAUCUAUCCUGCACGUCGAAUACCAAUAUCUGCAAGUGUUCACAAACUCCAUCAAAGUCCAAUCGCUGGUCGAAAACAUCCUCAAUUCACCUACCCAGUCUGCGACCACUGACCGCACCUGCAUCGACGAAGUCAUCAAUAGGUCGACCGAGAUCCUGCAAUGGUUACUCAUCCAACCCAGCAUUCAAUACCUCCCAAUUCGCGUCUUCCUACGAGUAAUCAGUUCAUCAAUCUUCCUCAUGAAAGCCCUGGCGCUAGGCGUCCGAACCACACAGCUUCACGCAUCAUUACAUCUCCUUGAGCAGACGAUCACUACCCUGCAAUCAACCCCAUUAGAUGACAUGCAGCUCAUAUCACGAUACGCAGCCCUAUUACAGAUCCAUGUUUCUCGUCUGCGACAGACCUUCAUGACCUCAGCGCAGGAGAGGGAGAAGGAUGUUCAAUCGGAAGGUCAAGAGCAUAUCAAUUCUCUAUCAUCACCGGGACAGACGGAACUGGUGCAAGGGUCGCAUGACCCUAUGCUAGGGCAGCUGGAUGAGAGUGGCGAUGAUUGGCUUUGGUUGCCGAUAGAUCCUUUGAUGGCGCCCUUUGGCGCUUGGGAUGAUAGCGGUCAGUUGGAUUACGGAUUGGACUCGGCGCAUUUGGAUUUGGAUUUUAUUUGGAACUUGCCGCCAUGAAGUGAGG